AUGGAUAAAUUUCCAUCAAACCGUGGAUGGAUGUAUGAUAGGUGUCAUAAAGGAAGAGGUGCUUUGAAAGAGUCUUUUGUAUUGGGAGUUGAAGAGUUUAUAACCAAAGCUUGUCAACGAGAUUGUUAUCACAAUGAUGGUGGAGUUCGAUGUCCAUGUAGUAAGUGCGAUUGUACAAAGAUUUUGAAGGAAAGAGUUGUGAAGGUUCACCUUUACAAACAUGGUUUCAAGCCUAAUUAUUGGAUAUGGACAGAUCACGGUGAACGAAUGCCAGAAGGUCAUUUUGAUAAUGAUGAUAAUUGCAUGGGUUUUGGGAGGGAUGGUGUACAUAGGCAGUCAAGAGAUGACCAAUUUAUGUCAAUGCAAGACAUGGUUCAUGAUGCUUUUAACCAACGUGAGCCAUUCCAACGAUCAAAUUCGGAUAACAUGGAAGAGACUCCGAAUGAAGAAACUCAAAGAUUUUAUAACCUUUUGUUGGAUGCAAAUAAGCCGUUGUAUGAAGGGGCUUCAGACUCUAAAUUAUCUAUGUGUGUUAGGCUAUUAGCUUGCAAGUCCAAUUGGAAUGUUCCUGACCAAUGCUUAGAGUUUAUUUCAAAAAUGCUAUUGGAUGUAACACCCAUCAAAACGGGUUUGCCUAAAAGUUACUACGAUGCAAAAAAGUUAGUCUCGAAGUUAGGAUUAGAGGCUAGGAGGAUUGAUUGUUGCGAGGAUGGUUGCAUGCUCUUCUAUGAUAAUGAAUAUGGUAAGAAUGAUGGUGCAUUGCUUGAAUGCAAAUUUUGUCGAAAGCCAAGAUAUCGACACCACAACACAGAAGCAAGUAAUAAAAAUCAAGUUCCUAUAAAGACGAUGUUCUAUUUGCCAAUUAUUCCAAGGUUACAAAGAAUGUAUGCCUCAACACAAACUGCAGGAGACAUGACAUGGCACUAUGAGAACAAGACCACAAAUGGUGUAUUGCGUCAUCCAUGUGAUGGAGAGGCUUGGAAGCAUUUUGAUAGAGUAUAUCCUGAUUUUUCCAUUGAGGCACGCAAUGUGCGACUUGGUUUAUGCUCUGAUGGUUUUAACCCAUAUGUGCAGGCAUUAAAUAUACCAUAUUCAUGUUGGCCAAUAAUUGUGACCCCAUACAAUCUUCCUCCAGAAAUUUGCAUGUCUAAGCCUUACAUGUUUUUGACUUGUCUAAUUCUAGGGCCAUUCAAUCCAAAGGUUGGCAUUGAUGUUUUUUUAGAGCCUUUGAUAGACGACUUGAAAAAGUUAUGGACUGGAGUCCUAACAUACGAUAUUUCAAGGAAACAAAACUUUAUGAUGAGGGCCAUGUUGAUGUGGACAAUUAACGAUUUCCCUGUUUAUGGUAUGUUGUCUGGUUGGGGUACUCAUGGCAAAUUGGCAUGCCCGCACUGCAUGGAGCAUACAAAGGCUUUUAGAUUAUAUCAUGGGGGGAAAAAUUCGUGGUUUGACUCCCAUCGUAGGUUUUUACCAAAUGACCAUGCAUUUAGGAGGAAUAAGAAUGCCUUCAAGAAGGGAGAAGUUGACAUGGAUGUUCCACCACCUAAAUUGACACCAACAGAAGUUUGGAAUAGAGUGAAGGAUUAUCCUAAAGUAACUGAAAGUGGUGUACAAAGAAUAGAUGGAUAUGGGGAGUGGCAUAAUUGGACGAAACGAAGCAUCUUUUGGGAUCUUCCUUAUUGGAAGGAUAAUUUGUUAAGACAUAAUCUUGAUGUUAUGCAUAUUGAAAAAAAUUUCUUUGAUAACAUCUUUAAUACAGUGAUGAAUGUCAGUGGGAAGACAAAAGACAAUGACAAGGCCCGAAUGGAUUUAAGUUUGUAUUGUAGACGAAAAGACUUGGAGCUAAAGUGUCAUAGUAAUGGAAAGAUGUAUAAGCCAAAAGCAAAUUACACACUUUCAGUAGACCAAAUAAAACAGGUGUGUCAUUGGCUAAAAGAUCUUAGGAUGCCUGACGGAUAUUCCUCCAACUUGUCAAGGUGUGCUGAUAUCAACAGGGGAAAGGUGAUUGGGAUGAAAAGUCAUGAUUGUCAUGUAUUCAUGGAAUGCUUACUUCCUAUAGCAUUUAGUUCUUUACCAACUCAUGUUCUAAAUCCCAUUACCGAGGUAAGUCAUUUUUUCAAAGAUUUGUGUUGUACAACAGUGAAGAAGGAGGACCUUAAUGUGAUGGAACAAAACUUUCCAAUCAUUCUUUGCAAGUUGGAAAGAAUAUUUCCUCCAUCAUUCUUUGAUUCUAUGGAACAUCUCCCUAUCCAUCUAGCAUAUGAGACAAGACUUGGUGGACCAGUCCAGUAUAGGUGGAUGUACCCAUUUGAAAGGUUCAUGGGAUAUGCUAAACGAUCAGUUAAGAAUAAAGCUAGGGUUGAAGGAUCUAUUUGUGCAUCAUAUUUGCAUAGGGAGACAACUCAUUUUUGUUCCCACUACUUCAACAACUUUAUGUUAAGACCACAUAGUAGUAGAAAUGAAGUUGAAAUUGAAAGUGGAAGGCUUUCGACAACAUUAUCAGUAUUUGACCAACUUGGUCGUCAUUCUGGGAAGGAAUCAACUCAUUGGUUAAAUGAUGAAGAAUUGACCUCAGCUCAUGUUCAUGUUCAUAAAGAACCCUUAAGUGUGAGGAACCAACAUCUCAGAGAUUUAUCACUUGGUCCUUUAAGAUGUGUAAAGGAAUGGCACACCUUCUUUGCGAAUGGAUACAAAUUCCAUACUCAUGCAUGGAGUCAGGGCAAGAGAACGAUAAAUAGUGGGGUUCAUGUAACGGGGCUUAUAGAAGGAGGUGAAGAUGAUUUCUAUGGUGUGAUUAAACACAUGUAUGAGGUGGAGUACAAUUCUUCAACUGCCGAAAAGAAAAUUGUUUUAUUUUAUUGUGAUUGGUUUGAUCCAUCAAGAAUAGGUACAAGAGUGGAUUCAAAAUAUGGCACUGUGGAUAUUCAAAUGGAUAAAAGAUAUGUGCUAUUUGAUCCUUUUAUAAUUGCACAUAAUGUACAACAAGUGUAUUAUGUACCAUAUCCAGCAUCACGCACAGACAAACGUGGUUGGUGUGUUGUUAUAAAGACCAAGCCUAGAGGUCGAAUAGAUUCUAAUGAUGUAGAAGUCGAAGUGCCAUACCAAGUGGAGGAAAUGUCACAUGUUAAUGAAAUCAUUGAAGUUGAAGAAGUUAUCAGAUUGCAAGAUAUACAAGCUGGUCUUGAAGAAGUAGACCCCAUUAAUGUAUCAUCAUUUGAAGGUCAUAUGGAUGAAGAGACAAAUGAAUGGGAUGAAUGGGAUGAAGAGGGAGAAAGUGAAGAUGACCAUGGAGAUGAACUUGAGAACUCUAGCUCUGAAUAG